GAUCAGCUGUGAUGAUUUUCCGCUUUUCCGGGCAACUUUGAUUGCGAUAAUAAUUUUUCUUUCGCGAUUGUUUUAAAUUAAAUUUAAAAAUUAUGUUAUAAAAUUCGAUCCCGAUUACGUGAUUUUAGUUCCUAAACAAACUUCAAGUUGAUUCACGACUUUCACUCGCGGAAACCUGACGUUUUAUCUAACUCUAAAAAUAUUCCAAAUUUUUGAUGCAAUCAUUCGUGAUCCUCUCUUUCGGUAACUUUUAAAUACUAUUUGUUAACAUUUUCAAAAUCAAGUAUGUCUAGUUCUGGAUUAGGACGUGGUUCAAGCACUAGAACUGUCCGUAAAAUCGAAGCCCCUCGGCCAUUGAAAACAGCCAACUCGGCUGUAUCAAAUGAGUCGAAAAAACAUGCACCAUCUUCUUUGGUGCUACCAUCUAAAGCCAUUGACUCAGCUGAGAAAUUACUACUGCUGAUGGACGCCGUCGUUAGUGGUAUUUUGAGCACCGACGAAUUAUCUUUAAAACCUGAAAACAAAAGUUUGCUCACAGCUAAUAUCGUAAUUUUAUGCGAAAACUUGAAAAAAUUCGGGCCUCAAUUGGAAGGAUCUCUGUAUCGAGGUCAAUUAGAUCGAGCGUUCCAUACUUUUCGAGAGGGAAUGGUACGAAAUAAUCUGGAAUUCGAAGCACGAGUUCAUUUAUUAGAUAUUUUAGAACUUAGAGAAUGUAAUUGGCUACUUCGCAGAAAUUCGAAAACUCUCGUCGUUAAAAAUUGUAUUCCACCUUCAGACGAAGACUCCUCUACAAUAAAACUUUCAACUCAUCAAUCGGAAUCCACUACUCAUCUGGGAGCUGACGAAGUGAUCAAAAGCUCAGGUAAAUAUCGAGAUAAACCUUCUAAAUCAUCGAAAAAUUACUGCAAAGAGGAAAUCAUCAUUCGUAAUGCCGAUUCUGGCAAAGGUAAGCGUAAAUGCGCACCGACCCGUAGAUCUUGGAAAACCGACCUUUCGACCUUUCGUCUCACACUCGCAUCGAUUUUAUUUUUAUCAGUGAUGGGAAUCAAAGGACGCAGAGUCCAUAUGAUAGAACAAUUAAGUGAUACGAUAAUAUCCUUUCAAAAAGUUCAGCCAACUUUCAAAGAAAGACUUGUGCAGAUUACCGGUCCUAAUGAUGAGAAAAUAUCGUAUGCUACUCAGCUAAUAGAAGAUACUAUUCGUAAUAAUGCGUCUCCGGUGAGAGAACUCGGUGGAUCCGAGUCUAGUUUCAGCAGUGACGAAUUUUGUGAAAAACAAGUACCUGAAGAUGAUAAUUUAGCUAACUGGAGUUUGUCAUCUAAUGCGUGUCAAUAUAAACAUAAGGUUACCUACAAUGAUUGCGUUUUAACCAUUACUGGCAAUGAUUACAAUUACGUUACUUUAGCUAAAGAGGUCCUAGAUGACUAUUUUUUAAAACUUAGUACCAAGUAUUCUGAAAGUGAUGAUUUGGCUCGUGCAGCUGACGAUUACCUUGAAAAUGAUGUAUUCUUUGAACCGAGCGUUCACGUCGAUGAAACCAUUCAAGACUUGGCUAUGCAUUUUGGUGCUGGUGACGUAAAAAUAGAAGAAGAAGAGGAAGAAGACGAAUUAUUGGAGCAGUUGCAUAAAGAAUUAAAUGGUAUCGAAAUCGAACCCGAAUCUAGUCCUGUCAAUGAGAUCAUUUCGAUCUCAGACUCUUUGGAUGAAAAUGACGACACCGGAUCUUCAUCCACCGAUAUCAACUUUCCUCGCUACGUUUACACCAAAGAAUUCUUACUCGAGUGCCGAACUAAACCUAUAUGCCAAAGAGAGCCGGAAAAUUUCGAUCGAGUUCGAGAGAGGUUCCCGAAGUUGAUGAAAACGAAUCUUAGAAGAUCGUCGUCAUCACCUAGCAAAGGCGAUAAUAACAUCAGAAGAUCGUCAUCAUCGCCUACCCAAAGCGAUAAUAACAAUCAAAACGAAACAUUGUGAUAUUUAUUAUGCUUAUGCGUUUACAAUAUUUUAGUGAAAUGUUCUAAAAAACAAAAAAAAUUUAUAACUUGUUCGUAUAUAUUUAGGAAAAACAACCUUAUGUAAAACUAGACACAUCCAAACUUACAACCAUGUAUUAGGUACCUUCUAUAGGAAUUAGGGUAUAAUUGUUCUUCAAAAGAGAGUAAUAUAGUUAGUUACUUAUAAACUAGAUAUAUAAAAAAGCGUAUUUUUCAACUCUGGCAACAGCUAUAACAAAAGCUUAUCUCAAAAUUUUUUUUAAACAAUGUAUUGUACAUAAAAAAGCGAAGCUAAACGAAUGUUAAAUCGCCUCGUUUAAUUUUUUAUAUACGAAGAUAGACGAAUUAAGCGCAUGCCCGAUGUAAUAUUUUUAAUGCCUGUGUUGUUAUCAUUGCUAAUAUUUCUGUUAAUAUUUUCCAGUUUUCUGGUAUCUUUCGUGUAUACCCGUUUUGCUUCCCUGCAACGAAAUUGUUUGUAGAUAUAACAAAUAUUAUAUUGCACAUUUUGAUAGUAUUAUGAAAAUUUCUAAUCUAUACUGGGUAUUUUUUUAUUUUUUAUCAAAUUGUUCGUUUUUUUUUUUUUUUUUUUGAUAUUAACGUAUUUGUUUAAUUGACCGUGGUACGUGAUAUUUACUUAUAAUACAUAUUUACAUUUGACUGGAGAAUUUUCAAAUUAUCAAAAUCACUAACUAUGGUUUAGCUGAGAUAAAAGAAAAGACUUUGUAUACCAUUGAUAAAUUUUUUUUUUGUUACCGUUUUAUACUUUCUUACUUAUUAUACCACUGGUUAAAUUUUUCUGAUCUUAAUAUACGAGUGUUUUCUAUUGGUA